AUGCCUCGUCCAGCUCAUCUGCCGACCCCCGCUUCAUCUACAGAAAUCAAGGGAAAAGAUGGUCCAAGGUACUCUUCACUACAGAUGUCAUUUGAGCUUCCUCCACCUGCUGUAGCAGGAAUGGAGUCUCGACCAACCAGCUCCUCUACAAAACCAUCACCUGCCUCCUCAUACCGACCUAGUUCCCCAAUUUCUCCAGCAGUUCCUGCAAGUGAAGCCGUUAAACUUCGUCGAAGACCUGCUACACAAACUGCUGCCAAAAGUUCAUUCGCACUACCACCUCCACCUACUCGUUCCCGAAAGAUUAUACAAAUGAAACCUCGAGGUCAAGCAGAUGAAACCAUGAAUUCACCCGAAGAAAAUACGAAGAUUGGUGGGAAAGCUACUCCAAAUGCGCCCAAGAAGAAGCAACCGUCCUCAACAAGUGUUGCUGGACGGAAGAUUGCAAGAAAAACUGCACAUAGCUUGAUUGAGCGUCGUAGGAGGUCAAAGAUGAAUGAAGAAUUUGGUGUAUUGAAAGAUAUGAUACCAGCUUGUACAGGAGAAAUGCACAAGUUGGCAAUUCUACAGGCAUCUAUUGAUUAUGUUAAAUACCUUGAAGAUUGUGUUUCUAAAUUAAAGGCCGAGAAUUCUCGGGGACACUUCUCUACAAACACUGGGGAAUUCACAUUACCACCAGCAGCACAUCGUGGCAGCUAUGAUCCAUCACGACAUGAAUAUUCUGCCCGGGAAUCAGAAGAGGAUACAGAAAUGACUGGUUCAGAAAAUCGCUCUACCAAUUACGCCACUCCUAUUCCACCAUCCCAGCAGACCUCUCCAGCCAUGCUCGCCCAAGAUUUCCGCGAUAGACAGAAUUCAUACUCGUCAGUCUCAACAAAUAAUCGUCAUUAUAGCAUCAGUACUUCAUCUACAACAUCUCCAGCUCUAGGCCCAUCAGUCUAUGAUUAUGCUCGAAGUAUUGAUUCUGUAGGCUCAGCACUCACCAGUCCUGCUCUCAUGCCACAACGAGAUCAGAGGUAUAUAGAUGAGGAAGCAAGUGCAGCUUUAUUGAUGCUUAAUUCAGAUCGUAGAGCUACGAAUUUUAGUGGAGUCCGAGGAAUGAGCGUUAAGGAUUUACUGAGUUCGUGA